CCUCUCUUCUUGGGGCUGCACCGAGUGCGAUUUGCGUCAAGAAACCGCUUAUCAAUCGUUGGCUCACCAUCGUUGCGACCCGGUUGGUGGUUGGUUGUUGAAACGCAAAUCAAGGCGCAAAUAGCAGCAGCAGACAGCACACAGCCGUUUGUUGGCAGCAGCAGCAGACGGCGAAAAACAAUGGCGGACAGCAAGAAGAAGUCUCGGAAGGAGCGGCAGCGCGAGCUCCGAAUGCUGGAGAAGGACAUCUCCGGCGGAAAGUCGGUGAUAGACUACGGCAAAGUCAACGAGAGACAUAUGGACGACAAGCGGUUCGAGCGAGAGCUCAAGCACAAGGAGGUGCUGCAGAAGCAGGCGGAUCAGGGCGCGAGCAAGGAGUCGGAGCAGGCCCCGAGCGCGACAUACGACGCCUUUAUGCGGAUGCAGACCGGGCAGGAGACCCGCACCAUUGCCGACAAGAUCAAUGACCCCAACAGAGUGUCGUGGGAGCAAUUCCGGAAGGACAACGCCGACAAGCUCGAUAUCCCCGGGGCCGACCGCAAGAAGAUGGUGGAGUACCGCGCGCAGCUGGACAAGGAGCGGGAGUCGGCGCUGGCGAAGGGCAGGAACAGGCCCAAGCGGAAGCUCGGGGUCAGCUCUUCCGAGAGCGAGGGGGAGGGGGACGACAGGAACGGCGGCGGCGGCAGUGACAGCGAGGACGGCGGCGGGUCUAGCUCGAGGCGAAAAAAGCACAAGAGCAAGAAGGACAAGAAGAGCAAGAAGAGCAGCAAGCACAAGAGCAGGCGCAAGGGGAGCAGCAGCAAGAAGUCUUCGAAGAAGUCAUCGAAGAGAAGGAAGGGCGGCGGCGGGGACAGCGGAGACAGCUCCGACAGCGAUACAGACGCCGAGUCCGAGGAGAGCAGGAAGCGCCGCAGAAAGGACAAGAAGAGCAAGAAGAAAGAGGAAAAGGAGCCCGAGGCGAAGGGCGCGGACCCUCGGCGGCUGUCGGCGUUUCUCCAGGGAUCCUCCGGCAGCGACAGCGACUAAAUUUGUUGCGGGUGUUUGCCAGUGUGCGCUCCGCCGCCUAAUGGCGCCGUUCCCAGUACCAAUCCGCGUGGGGCCCCUCUCCUCUUCUACCGGCCUCGCUGGCCUGACUUUCACCUCGGCGGGCGUUGCGCCAGGAUUUGCUUGGGUGAAUGGGGGAACAUUUAUUGGCCAUGGCGUAUGGGUCGCGCUUGCUUUCGCCGCGUGAGGCAUGCGUUUCGUUCGAGACGCCAACAGGCCCACGAGAGCACGAUUCCAAUUUCGUCUAGGUCGGUCGGGGGAGGGAGGUUGUACUGGCGCUGUUCGCCCGGCUUUGGUUGCCAGAGCUGCGGCUGUUGCGCGUUUUUUUCGAACAACGAAACGUGCACUGAAGCAUAUUACCAAUACUUGAGUAAAGGCGGUCCUUCUGUCUUGGCAAGAUGUUCCCUUUUGAGCUCCCUGGCGCCUCAAGAGUGUGCGACGACAAGACCGGUGUACAAGCACUGCUUGUGUCGGCUUGAGAUUUUUGGUCGUUGAUUCGGUUGCCCUCCGGAACGAAAUGCAGAUGCGAGUGCAGUGCAGGAGCUCUUUGAACCGACGAUGCCUGACCAGAGUUGGGUGGUCCCUGUGCACAACCUUUUCGUUGUCUUGUCUCUCGUGCAACUCUUGAGGGGGAGUGUAGAGAGAGAGCCACAAGCGUUUCAAAGGCAGCACAUGUCGGGUUGUAGAGAGACUGCCGGAAGCAGUCAUCAGCAGUUUCAUGCGGGUAACGAGUGUGGCCUGAGUUUGCGCCCCAUUCUCAGUAUCUGUGUGCACUGCGGUCUCCAAGAGAUAAGCUUGUCUGCCUAGGGACAAGCGCGCACGUCAAGUGCCCAUGGUGUGGUAAUGUAUCCCCCAUGUAGUUUAGGUGGUGAGUGCACACACCCGACUGUUGAGUGUUAUUGGUGUAAAGGUUAGCGAUUAGUCAUCCGCUGUCGUCACGCUCAGCGUUGGCCGUAGUACCAUGUUCGACCGUCACAAAUAUAUGGUGUUCGUUGACAAAUUAAAUCCCAGCGUAGCAAUGUGUUUUGAUG